AAUUAUUUACAAUUAGUCAGGGGGGGUGGCACAACAUUGUAUUUUUUUACAUUCUCAAACCAUAUACAAGACUAACUUUUUUACAAUCCUGUUAAAGUUAUUAUUACUGAAAUUGCUUUUUCGUUGUGUUUUUUUAAUUAAUUAGUAUUCGAAAAACUAUAAUGUCAGUUGAAUUACAAAUUUCCAAGUGUCAUCAAAAACACACUAUUGACUCGACAAGCCUUCAAAAAAAAGUGUCGGCAGAAACAAAUAAAUUCGAGCAAUGUUCAACAAAAUCAUCUCCUCGUUCUAUGGACACACCGACACCAGCAAUGUCUCGAGCUUUUUUUAUAGAACAGGAAUCGUUACGAUCUCAACAAGCCUCCUUAGCAUUAAGUGAUCCUCUAAAUAAAUCCUUGGACACUUUAAGGGCAGUUUCUUCUACAUCUAAUCUACAUAUUUUAUGUCAACUGAUUGCUUCAACUGAAAAUUUUGAAAAUUUAGAUUGGGGAAAGUUCAAUGUUGACACGAAUGGAAUAAUUUUUGAUGUCAAGAAGCACAGUGGUAAUAUGUAUACUACGUUAUCUGUAAAGUUGGAGAAUUUCAUUCAUCUUCUGAAGAGGUAUACCUCUGGAGAUGGACGUACAACUAAACGUGUUUCACUUGAUGAUGAAUUACUUGACGAAUUUUUAAAACAAGUCAUUUUAAUACUUUACACAAUAAAAAUCACCAAUGGAAUUUGGAUGUUAAAUGGCACCGAACAAAAAGACCUAGUUUCGAAGGCUGACGAGGUUUCUGUUCAAAUGACAGAACUUCAGCCACGUUUAAUUUCGUACUUAAAGUGCAAAUUUAAAUUUCUUCAACAUGACCCCGUAGCCUUUCUAAUAGAACUUUUACCAGAAACCUUUGAUAAGCUUAUCAUGUGGCUUACAACGUUACUAGGAAAUGCAGCACUCGUUUGUUCAAGUUUCCUUUCUUCGCCUAACCAUUUUGAGCACUUGUCAAACCCAGUCAUUCGUUAUUUAGAACCCUCUUAUGACACUGUUUUUAGAAAAGAAACAGUAACAAUUCAUCAAAAUGAUAAUACUUCAACACUAACACCGGUACCAACAGAGUAUUGUAUUGCUUAUAUUCAAACAAUCGAAAUCUUUGAAUCUUCCAUUAUCAUGAAGAAAUUGUUUCAAACGUCGGAAAUUCAGAACGCUCUUGACGCAUUACAGGGUGUCAAGGCAGGCCUUCAAGAACUUGCUUUAACGCAACGCUUUCGAUGCCUGUCACUAAUAAAGCAAAAUAAUGGAUUUUCUACGGAAAUCGACAGAAAAAUUCAUGAAUCCAGCAUGAAAAAAAAGCAAUAUACUUUUAAUACGAUUGCCUUCUACGCAAGCCAUAACAAAGAACUUAUUCAAUUUAUUUCCACCCACCUUAAUGAAGUUAAACGUUCUUUGUUAGGUUUUUUUCGAGUGACGGGAAUGCUACUUGGUGGUGGAUAUGACGAAUUGAGAAUUCAGAAAGAACUCGUUCAUAUAUUAGUUUUCGGAAGUUAUUUAUCUCUUGUAGGUUUUCUUUUUUUUCAUGAUCUAAAAAAUUUAAAUCAAUGGUUACUUCCUUAUAUGCCUCAAUUGCGACAACGAUUAAGAGCGCGUCCGGCUCCAAAACAUUCAGUUUAUGAAAAAAACGUUACCAGAUUACAUUCUGAACAUUAUAAUUGUUCACCAUUAAAAGCGUCGCCUAUAGCUACAUCCUUGUUCGAUAUAUUCUCCAAUCCGCAAAAAAUCAGUUUAACCCGACAAACAGAAAGUGAUCAAUUGUUAUCUUUGUUUGUUCCACAUUAUCACAAAUCUAAUAUCCCAUCAACAUCGCAUAAUGAAUCAGUAACACCUCCUGCUGCGCGUAUUCAUUCCUUACUGGGGUGGAUUGUGUGGGAAGGCGAUUUACUACAAUUGUACCAUGAACUUAAUUUCAUUUUAGAGCCUUCUAGUGAAAAAAAGCAAACCCUUAUUGUGGAUGCUUUGUUUAAUGCACUACUUCGAGGAUUUUCGACUAUUCAAGAUAAAUUUUAUUCCUCCUUUCCUAGCUUAUUCCCUAAAAAUUCUGAAUCGGUCGCAACAUCCGAUAUUCUGAAUUUCUGUCAUAGAAUGUUAGAAUGCCUGACGCUAUGUUAUUUGGGUGAAGUUGAACUAAAAGCCUGUUGUAAAAUUGUGCAAAACACCCUCGAUUUAGAAGAUAGAGCAGAAACACCAUCAAUAGAUCACUCCUUUGCAUCCUCAAUUGCGUUGCGCGCUUUCUCUUUAAAUCCAGAGAAUGCCUCCUCUAAAAUAAAUGAGGGAUUUCCAAAACUUGUUUGGAAUUUACUACACCAAUCCUUGUUUUAUGCGUCACCUCUUAAUUCUACCAUGAAACCUUCUAUAUCUUUGACAACCGUCGAAGCUUCAUCGUUACGGAUUACUAGUCUUUUAACUGACAUCGACCGUCGACUAACUUCCACACAAAUCAAAUGCGACACAAGUUUCAUGGACAUUAAGAAUACAGACUCGGCAGUUGCAUCGUUAGAGAAAAAAUUUAAUCAUCUUGAAGGAACAAUUUCUCAAAAUGAUUAUACCGUAUGCAAUGUAAAACAACUCGAUCCAAACUAUUCGUAUACUCAUAAAAGCAUUAUCCAAAAACAGCUAUCUGAAACGCAUAUGCCAUCUGAAGAAUGUUUGCUGAACAUCACAGCGAAGGAAGCGAAACUGUCAAAAUUACCAAGUGAAUCAGAAGCAAAGGAGUCAUUACCUUUUAAAGGUAUUUUAAUUACCAACAAGGAAAAACCAUCGUUAGAAGUUCUAUCCGAUGCAAGUGAUAUAUUUGAUAAAAAAUCUGCCGAGUUUAUUGACGCCACUAAAAAGGAUAUUUUGAAACUAGAGGAAGAAAUUAAAACAAUACGUGAAAACUUGAAACAAACGGAAAAAACGUUAACUAAGGAUCUAAUUGAAAGAACAAAACAAGAAUUGUCUCUAUAUUUAAGGCAAACACUUUCUCAAACUAUAUCAAAUUAUGUAGCCCUUGCUUUAGAGAAACAGAAAAAACCCAACGUGAGUCGCAGACGACCAUUACUUUUGCCAUGGUCCUCUCCACAUGAAACAUGGAACCGUAGCACGCAGCGUAUGUCGUUAGGAAACUUGAAACACUGCAGUUCACCGUCAAAACAUGAUAGUAAUAUUCUAAAACGAAAUACUAGAAGUGAAAACAAAAAAAAAGAAGACUUGUUACUUAAAAACAUAUGGAAAGGGUUUGACACGGACGCCGACACACUUUCCAUAAUGCAGGAGCGCGAAAAAUACGAUCCGAAUUCAUGUCAAGAAAAAAUUUCUUUAUUCGACUCGACGACUGAAUUACUACAAAUGCCUGAUCCUAGACACUCUCAUAAUCAUCCAAUGUUUUCUCAAUCCGAUACUCAAAAAAGUAGAGCUUCUUUAUAACAAAUAUUACAGUAUUCUAAAAAUACAAUUUGUGUAAAUUCUUUUUUUUGUUAUUCACCAAGAGAAAAUUGUUCAGUAUAAAGUGUUCUAACAACUGAUUUUUUAACAUAACUUUGAAUUAUCAUGUUUAAACAGUCGGAAAAAAAUAAUAUAAUAUUUUUUUUAAUUGCAAAAGUUUUUUUUUUUAAUUUACAAUGCGUGUCACUUGUUUCAAAAAAAAAAUUUUACGUUACACUUUUUACCUUCACAGUGACAAAAUUGAGUUGACAAAAAUCUGCUUACUAUUAUAGCUUUAAAGUAAAAUAAACGUUUUUAGAAUAUCUACGAUAUAGUGGAACCAUGUUUACAAAGCAACAAGGCUUUUUUUUUUUUCCAUUUGCUAACUAUCUGCAUUGGUCACUGGAAAGAAAUAACUUUAUUUCAUACUCUUAUAGGUAUUUAACGACAGUAAAUAAGUUUUGGCUUGUAUUUUCAAUUAUAUUUUUAUCCAUGUUUGUAAGGAAAGACUCGAAAAAAUAUUGUUAACAUUGGUGUGUCUUUGUCUCCCCACAAUGUUAACUAAUACAAUGUUAAUUGUACAAACAUCAGUAUCAUACGGGUUUUCUGGGACAGCACAGUGGCAAACACUCGUAAUUCAUUACCACUGUAUUUGACUGUUUUUGUCGUUGACACGCUUUUUUUUUAAAAACAAUUAACGCAAUUUUUUUUUGUGCAGAAUACUUUUCCAAUACACGUCCGGCAAUCUUUACUUCUAUGCAGGUUUACCAUCAACAAAAAAAACGAAAAUCUGUAAAACUACGUGAUAUUUAAUUUUUUUAACUUUAAUCUUAUUUUUUACGCCAUUUGUAUUUUUCUUUUAAUAUAUAAAAAGAAAGACAUAUUUUUUGUUUCCUUGGAUACUAUUUGAGAGUAAAAUAAUAAAAAAAAAUGGACUGUAUAUGUGCCAUGUUAGCAUCUAUUGCUAAUACAGUAGCACGAGCUGUGAAUCGAGCCGACUCGAUAUUAAUACCUACUGAUUUUGGAGAUUUAGGUUCUGCUGCAGCCUAUAAUUAUCAUUCACUGCUUGAAAGCGCUGGUUCUUUUACUUUGCCAUCUCUGUCGCCAACACAUGUUGCUGCUUUAAUAAUUUUGUUGUCGGUUGCUCUUGUUCAAAGCUUUACAUUUAUUGGUUCAAGAUCAGAACAUCAGUAUCGUACGGAAACGCAAUCAAAAAAUACAAAAGACAUCCCAAAUCAUUCAUUUACAACCCAUCCUGAUGAUACUAGUAGUAAUGGACCAAGUCAAAGUUACUGAAAACAAUUUAAAUGAAUUUUUGCUUUACAUCAAAGAAAAUCAGAGUUGCCAUUUAUCGACAUUAGUACUAAGGUUUUCACAUCCAAUGUUUUUUUCUUUCAAAUAUGUUUUUUUCCAUUAAACCAGCACAGCUACUUCGAUUUUCUGUCCUACUAAAAGUGUCUGAUCGUGAUUUUUACUUUACGUGUGUUUUUUUUUGAUAGAAAGGACGCUUGAAAGCGUGUUUAUGAUUUUUUUACGUUACGUUAACAUAUGUAUUAUAUUUAUGUUAAAAUUUAAAUAGCACUGGUUUAAAAAAAAAUGACAUUAUUGUAA